GCUCUCACUCAGCCGCUGCGUUAGUCGCUAAAAGCGGAGACGCUGAACUUCCCAGGACAGAGGACUCGUCCCCUGAGCUGAACAGCAGACGAUCAUUUAUUUUGAAAGUUGGAUUUUAAACAGCUGAUCCGCUUGUGAGGACAUAACGGGCUGCCAGAUGCAGCUCAGAAGAUGCGCUGAAGUGCACGCUGGAGGAACUUUACGGAAUCCCCUGUUAUACACGGCAGUGUGGUGUGCGUAGAUAAGCUGCCAUAUGAGGUGAGAACUCUUCCCCAUCCUGCAGUAUUCCCUCCCAGCACUAAGAGCAGGAUUAAGGGAUGUCACGGCUGUUACUCCUUCUGGCAAUGCUAAUCGUCUCCUGCAGCAUCCAGGUGUCCCCUUCUGCAACCCUGGAUAAGCUGAAGGAGAGUUUGAAAUUGUACAUGGAGGAGUGCGAUCGCAACAACAGCCGAGACCCGCCAAGCACCGGCCUCGUGUGUAACAGGACCUUCGACAAUUAUGCCUGUUGGCCCGAUGGACUCCCCAACAUCACUGUCAGUGUGCCAUGUCCAUGGUAUCUGCCAUGGUACCAUGAAGUUCAGCAUGGUAAAGUCUAUCAGGAAUGUGACGCUAAUGGCCAGUGGAUGACAGCAAAGAAUACCAGCGAGUGUGACUCUAAUAAUCCAAGUCAGCAGUACUAUGGCCAUAUUCGGAUCAUGUACACAGUGGGCUAUUCCUUAUCAUUGGUGGCUUUGGUGUUGGCACUCGGCAUCCUCGUGUUCUUCAGGAAGCUGCACUGCAUGAGGAACAACAUCCACAUGAAUCUGUUUGCCUCCUUCAUCCUGCGAGCGCUGUCCAUCCUCAUCAAAGAUGCUCUGCUGGUGGCCAACAUCACAUCGCAGGAACUCAGCAGGGAGCAGGAGCAGGGGUUCCCCCGGGCAUCGAUGCCUCCGGUGGAUCUGCUGGUCAACAAUGAGAUAACAGUAAGCUGUCGCAUUGCCGUGGUGAUGAUGCAGUACAGUAUCAUGGCCAACACCUACUGGCUGCUGGUGGAAGGGAUCUACCUCCACAACCUCCUGGUGAUCACUGUGUUUACAGAGAGGAACUACUUCAAAAUCUACCUGUGCAUUGGCUGGGGUACCCCUUUAAUAUUCCUUGUGCCCUGGGUUUUUGCUAAAUAUCUGUAUGAAAACCAUGAGUGCUGGGGCCAAAACAUAGACAUGAAUUACUGGUGGAUCAUCCGCUCACCAAUUCUGCUGGCAGUCGUGAUCAACUUCCUCAUCUUUAUCCACAUCAUUAAAAUCCUUGUGUCAAAACUGCGCGCGCAUCAAAUGAGAUACACAGAUUAUAAAAUCCGAUUGGCUAAAUCAACUCUUACCCUGAUCCCCUUGCUGGGUAUCCAUCAGGUGGUCUUCAUCUUUGUGACAGAUGAAUCCACGAAAACUACCAUCAAUCUUCGCCUCACAAAGCUCUUCAUUGACCUCUUCUUCUCCUCCUUUCAGGGUCUUUUGGUGGCCAUCUUGUACUGCUUUGUCAACAAAGAAGUGCAGUCGGAGAUUCUGAAGAAGUGGAAGCGCUGGAAGCUCGGGAGAAACAUUGAGGAGGAAUACCGUCACACUUACAGCAAUACACCUAACACCAAGACAGCCAGCCUGUUGAACCAUGUCUCUCAAUUGCCUCACCUCCCGGACAUCGCCAAAACCUCUUCUCCGGCCUGCAGCCCAGAGGAGAGGCACAUGCUUGUGGCUGGCCAUAAUGGCAUGGUCAACAAUAAGGGGGAAGAGCAGUGCGACUCUCCAGAGCAAAUGGGAACCGUGAGCAACUGCACCCUGGUGGAGGACAUCAGCCUUAUGGACAAAGUGCAGUGUUACAAGGCUCAGAGGGAGAACGCAGAGAGCCACCUGUGACAGACGCAGGAUAACGAGAACUUGGGGAAGAAACUUGGAGGUCUCUGAGCUCUCACCUGGCUCUGACAUACUGCACUGGGCGGCUGUGAGGAGCUGGGCUGAUGGAGUCAUCUGUCAGAGCGCCUUUCGCUCAGAGAUCAGUGUCACUGGGAGACCGAGCAGCGCUCAGCCCUCUCCACAGCCUGAGAACGGAGAGAUUAUGUGGCAGACGUCCAACACUGCGGGUCCUAAUGUGCUGUGAGCUUCGUGAAUGGAUUUCCGUACCGUACAUAUUUGUCAGACAGUGUGAGAAACUGCUGCAUGAUGAGCAAUGUGCCAACAGAAUCUCAAGGCAGAGAUAAGCCAUGUAAAAUAAUACAAAAAAAAAAACCCUAAAACCUCAAAUAGCAACAACAACGGCAACAAAGGAAAAAUCAGGACACAGGGUCCUUGCUUGCGCCUCUGCUUUAACUUGUGCUGUGUAUCUUCUGUGUAUUUUGUGGUACUGGACAUUGAACAGCAUACAUAUACACACAAACAGACCAAACAAGUGAUACUAUAGAAGAUUGCAGAAAACAGAGAGGACUGGCUUUCUUUUUGCUUUAGUUUGAUAUCUGUAUUAUGUCUUUGUCCAAACAGACUUUGGUGAAAAUGUGCAGAAAACGAAGAAACCUUCUCAUACAGUACCUCGUACAGAAAGGUGACCACAGUGUUGUUUAAGUGGCCCUAUCCAGGGCUCAUGGGAAAUUGGCAGCUGCUCUCAUUCCUGGCUUACAUAUAGCCUUAAAAAUAGGUCAAGCGAUUGUAUGGGAUGAAUUAUAAAUAAGCUAAAUGCUCAUCACUUGGCUCACUCAAGUAUUUUACGAUAAAAAAUACGUCUUUCUAUAUCGGUUUGAAUGCUCGAGGGUGAAUGUGCCGGGCAUGUUUUUAAGGGCAACAGUGGCAUUUCUCUCUAUUUCUAUUCAGUGUUUCUUCCCCCACUUUGCCAUCAAGAUGUUAUCUGACUCACAUGCCUUGCUGUGCUUCAAGAACGUCGUCACAGAAGCUCGAGAUGGAGGGUGAUAGGGCAGACGGUGCACUCAAAUCAAGGUUAAAAAUACACAGCAUCAAGGCAUGACCUGUAAAGGCACAAAUGCAACUCAACGCUGUGACUCAGAAUAACACGUCGCCCCUGGCACAAGGGUGUGUUUUGUGAACUUAGGCCGCCAUGCAUGCAGUUUGUGCAGAUGCAGUGAAAUGACAUUAAAACUGCGCUUUGUUGAACAUGCGAAUGCCAAAAAAAAUCAAACCGACUGUGCGAACAACGGCAUGUACCCAUUUUCUUGUCGGACAGAAUUUAGUAUUCAGCCUAAUUCUGCGUUCGCAGCGUCUGCGGAGACUGAACAAAAACGCCCUAAAGGUAGAACAAUUCGUCUCCGAUAAUCCUGUAAGUGACGGGAAGCUAAUUUAGCAGUGGUACAUUUGCGUUUGAAUACAUUGCAUUCACAUUUUUUUCUUCUUUUUUUUUUAGAAGAAGGAAAAAGAAUUUCCAAAUCGUUCCCUUUCAGUUUGCUAAAUGUUUUGCCAGAACUAAUUCAACUUGACUAUUUGCACAAAAUGUUAAUUUAUAAUUGCUAAAUACUGUGUGUGUGUGUGUGUGUGUACAGUGUAUAUAUUUAAACACGUGAUUUAUGUGAUUGCUGUCAAUAUGUUUUGUAUGCGUGUGGAUUUUCAGUCAGGUAUGGAUGUGUGUGUGUGCAGUCUCAGUAUCCAGGACGUAGAAAUUAGGUUGAAUGACAGGCUGACGUGCAGUGGGUUGAUGGAAAACAGCGCAACACAAUUGACACAGAACACAGAGAUCACAGGUCGGGUCAGUUCUACGCUGGUGUACAUGGUGUACGUCUGUAUCAGGCAUGAAGACACAUCUCUCUGCAUUUUACGGUUGAUGCUGCUCUCUGUGUUUUUGAAUUGCAGCGUCCUCUUUGUCAUCCGCCUAACGUAGCGGCUGUUGUGUAUUUCACAUUUGAGCCGGGUGCCGGGUGUGGAGAAAUUGAAAACAGAGGCUGUUUUUUUCUUUCCAUCAACUACCAGCUGACGACUGCACUCACAGCGCUCACAGAGGCACUGCUGUUGCUCGGAGGUGAAAAGGAAUGAAUGGACGCUAAAACAUUAACAAAGGAAUGUUGUGCACCUUGAAUAAAAUAGUAUUCAGUAGUGUAUGUAGUAAAUUGCUGAUUUUUAUUUCAAACUAAUAGAUGUAUUAUAAGCUGUGACCAUAAUUAUGUAUGUUUUUUUGAAACCAGCAGCUUGGGUCACCCCCCCGGACCAAAGUGGUUCUGUCUGAAUGUAUUCUUUAAAAGGCCCAAAACCAGAAGGUUCCUUUGUUUUUUGUCCCAUAAAGGUGGUUAUGUACAGUAUAUUUGGAUGGUAAAAGCUGAUGUGUUCAGAUGUAUACAGUUUAUCAUACAGCAUAUUGUGUCUGCUUAUCAAACUUUGUCCAAAUAGUGAGAAUAAAUAACAAUGUACGUGAACGCCGA